CAAAAACACAACAAGCAUUAUGAGUAUUAGAAGCGCUAGGAAAAGCACUAUUAAUGGUCGUCGCAGCAGCCGGAAAAGCCAUAACAAACAUCCAAGUGCUGCAAACAAAUAUGAUAUUUACUGCAUCAACUUCCAUGAUAAUGGGCUAAAUGCUGUGCGGGACGAGUUAAUCAAGCAGAUAAAGAUUGGCCUGCGACGCUGCAUGUUUGUUAUCGAUUUGGACAAUGAGUUAAAUGAGGCCCACAUUGCCAACGAGCACAACCAGCGCUUAACAAGCAAGUUGAGGAGUCAGGAUUUGCCCACGGAUCGUAUGGAAAUAACGCUGCUGCGCAUACAGAAUAUCUUGGCUGAAUAUGAACUUGUUUCCCGCAAAAUUGAGGCGGAGAUCAGCUUUAAUCUCCUCAAGUAUUAUCAGAAGAACAAUCCCGCUCAACUAAAGAUACGUGCAAUCGAUGCCAAAAAGAUCAAGGCAAAUGUUUCGGAAUCCAAAGGUGGCCAGAUUUCAUCCAAGGGCAAAUCCGAUAAUGCAAUGGAAAAGAUAACUUGCUUUGAGGUUCACUCGAAGGAGCACCACAAAGUGGGCAAGGGUCAAUUACUGUCCAAGCGCUUGUAUAUAAAAGAUGAACCGUCGAACACCUCAAUUCUUAUAGUCAUCAUUGGUAAUUUGCACAAUGAUUUCUACAUGGAGCUGCUCAACAAAGGUCUACCCUUGAGUGGUGUUGCACACUUCCUGCCCGAGGAUUCAGCAUAUGAUCUGCUCGUGCCACGUCCACGGCGCAAAAAACUCCUGCAGGAGACCAUUGAGAAAAUCCAAAGUGACAUUAAAUCGUUGCGCAAGCGUGUGGCUACCAAACCAGUGGGCAUUUUCCAGGAGCGGCUGCCUCAGAUGUCCACUUGCCAGGCAGUCAAAUACUCGAGGCAAAUAUUUGAUCAGCUCUCCUGGUUUGUGUACGAUAUGCAGAUGUUGCGGGAACAGUAUGAGGAGUACUAUGUGAAGCCAUAUCACGAGAUCAAUGUCAAGAUGAGCCUGGAUACCAGCAUGCAUGGCAGCUAUCAGCUGGCCAAGUCGCUGAACAAACGUGGCCACUAUCUGAAAGAUGAGAUGCCGAUGGCUAGCAGCGAUGAUGCCUCAAUCCAUUUAUAUUUGGAAUCAUUGCUGUCCAACUUCGGUAUGCCCCGGGAGCUGUUGACCGAGUUGGAGGUGCUGCUGCUGGCGAAUCCAUCGUCGCUCAUACAAACCAAAGUGCUGGACAAGAUUAAGGUCUAUGCGAAUGCCUUCAAGAGCAUCAUCAAGCUGACGAAGAGCGAGUGCUUGUUUGUGGAGCAGGCGAAUACGCUGCUCUCCAGCCUCAUUGGCUACAUGGAUCAGAAACUGUCGCGUGACAUUUACUAUGCAUGCCUGGAAUACAACAUAUUGCGGCGAUACUUCAACAUGGGCUAUAUCAUCGAUAAGCUUCACUAUACGCCCAACUCCUCCGAAGACAUUGAGCCCCAACAUCUGCCCAAGUUCGGCAAGCUAUAUCUGACUGCUGAUGCGGUCACUCAGCGCAUUCUGCAGCUAAUCGAUGAGCAUGAGAACUAUAAGAUCCGCGAGAUAUAUCCAAGUGUCAAACUCUACACCUUUAAGCGUGGCCUCAACGAGAUCUUCGAGUAUCAGAAGCAGAUCGUGAUACCAACCCGGUUAUGUUACAGAGACUUCACUCUCUAUGAAAUGCAGCAGUUUCUCAAGGACUUGGUCACGCCAGAUAUGCUUAAGGAGGACACCGACAUUGACAUUGAGUCGCAUCCAUUGUCCAAGUAUCCCAGCGUAUACACGUUGCCCGACUCCGAUGUUAAUGGCGAAUCGCAUCCAUACAAUUGUCGCAGCAAUCGACGCUAUAGCAUAACACCCAGCGUAUUUAUCCGACCCAAGUCGCUGAAGGCACAAAGGAUUCUCGAGCAGCAGCAGGAGCGCGACAAGAUGGAGAAAGAGAAGGAGAAGGCUUCGCCGGGCUCAACCUUACGACAGAGCUUGGCUAGCAAUAGGACUGGUAACCAAACGGCUCGCAGCACCACAAACCAACUCCAAAAACUUUCCAUUGGGCAGACCCAAGCAGAAAAUGUUGCUGGCCAAAUCAAGCAUAUUGGGCUGAGACCCAAUCAUCCACUGCUCACCGGCUAUAAUCUGGAUAAUACGCGUCAGACGAUCAAGGCGAAGACCUCAAAGUAUCACUUUGAGGAGGGUCUGAUGACACUCUACGAGGAGAAAUGGAAUUUCCUGGCGACGAACAAGUGCCUAUCCAUCGAAGUCGAUAAGCAGGUGCUGCACUUGACCAAUGCACCGGGUAAAAUCAAUGCCAUCUCGCGGAAUAUACGCCUGGAAACACCAAAUGGGAUUAGCCUGAGAGUUGAGCCGGAGGGCGAGGAGUGCGCCAAGGCAGUACUCAAUUAUCCGAAUGGACUCAGUCUCUACUGCCUGGACAUGCAUGCCGAGCACCUCUGGUCGGAUCGGGCGAACGAGCUGAACGAGAGUCGGCGGAUCUGUACGCCAUAUGGUUGUGUGAUAGUCUUCUACCAGGGCAACGAUACAGUUCUAAUCAUGCGCUAUAAUGGCGAGGUAUAUCGUCUCUAUAGCUACAUAUACCCAGUCGUCGAGGCGGAGGAGGGCGAAGUGGAGACUGAGACGGAUUUCAUUAAUGCCUGCUCCACACUGUCGCAGUACAGCAGUUUCAAGCCGCUGACCAAACACGAUGCAUCAGUGAAAGAUGGGCGCAAAAAAGGCGGUUCGAGGAGGAAAAAAAACUCAAGCUUAAAAUCAUCGACAUCUUCGGGAACGAUUGCGGCACGCGCUGCCAAAUUGCAGAUGCAACAAAAGGCACUGUUGCAGGAGGAGGCACUGUUUGCCAGCAUCGAUGCGGAGCUGAAGUAUUUGGCGUUCAUCCUGAAACUGUACGACAUCGAAUAUAAGCAUCUGCAUCUAACCACAUCGCUGGGCAGCGUGGUGCAUGUGGAGCAGAACAGGAUCAACUGUGACAAACCCGUUCGUGUCUCGGAGUGGCACGAUUACUUUGCCAAUGAGAGCUAUGCGAUGCGAGAUGAUGGCGUCCGCCUGGUCUGGACAGAGGAUAGUCUUAGAUGCUAUCACAGCGAUGGCACCAUGAUCACGACCAGGACCAUUGAUGGCUGGGAGAAGGGUGUCAUCGAGGAUGACAUUGAUAGACAGAUCAGUUCAAGCAGCUCGCACAAGAAAUUCGACUUUGUUGCUCAAGAAUCGAAUAUAAUGUAUAUAAAUGUCACUGACGACUUGAGAGUAGCCGAUGAUAUUAUUCGGAUGUCGAAGAUCAGCGCUAUAUCUGCACCUGUCUCAACUUAUGUGAGACAGGAGUAUCUGCCGGAAGCGGAAGUGGAGGAUGUUGAGGCAUAUGACUACAGCUUCGCAACCUACACUUCCGACAGCCAUCAGAUGCAGCACAAGCUGUACGCCAGCACCCAAUUCAAUUUCACCCACAUCAAUGGGGGGGAUGACCUCAAGGUGAUCAUGACAAAGGUCACAGCAGUCGAUAAUCUUGAAUUUUGCAUUUAUUCAUUGCCAACCGUCGAGUUCAAUUCGCCAACUCGCCAUGAAUCGCUGGCAGAGCAGCGCAAUCUGGAUAAUCAUUAUGAGUCGCUGUCAUCGGACGCCGAUUCGGAUAAGUGGACACAUCGUAGGAGGAGCAGUGAGUCCGCUCUACCCCGGAUCAAGUUAAAUCCAGGCUAUGUCGUCGAUAUCAAUGCCUCCAAUCUGAAGCUGACCGUGCAAGAGGAGCACAUUGAGCUCAAUGCCCAAUUGAGGAAGCUUGGCUGUGAUGGAUGUGUCCAUGUGGUGCGCGACAAUAUUCAACUGAAGACGGACUUCAACAAAAGCCUUUCAAUCGUCUUUCGCAACUGGGUCGAAGUGUUUCAGCAGUUUAUAAAUUGUUUCUGCCCCAAAUGGCGAACCACUUACUUUGUGGAGUGCCUUACGGAUGACUGUCGUCAGAAGGGCAUAGAACUGUUAAAGGCCGUGCCCGACCUGGGCAAAUAUAAUUUUUGUGCUGGCAACUAUUUUAUUGAUCCGGAGGAGGUGAAAUCCAUCAAUGAACGUUUGUUCAGCCAUUUAGAUUAUUACAAAGAAGACAUGGCCAAGUUUCCGCGUUUUGCCACAGCUAAGAAAAUCCACGAUGUAAAGUUUCCCAAAGUGCUGAACACCAGGAUAUUCUUGGAGAUACCCGCUCAGUUGGCCUAUACGGAUCGCAUACAUUUGUUCACUUAUCCAUUUGACAAGAUAAAGUUUAGAAAACUGAAGCACCGCUUCAACGAGGCGACACUUUUCCACUUGCAUCCGCAUCUGCGGAGUCUCAUCCAAGCCGAGAUCAGCGCGCGCAGCUGGCGAAAUCGCCACAUGGAGAACAAGCGUCGCCUGUUUCUGGACCAGCAGCGUCUCAGUCUCUAUACGGCGAUGCUCCGGCACAAGGUGUAUCCGAAUUACUUCCAGUUCAAGGAUCAGUACUCGUAUCAUGUGCGCAACAUCGACUUCUUCGAGUUCAUGGCCUCAAAGUGCAGCGACAAGGCCUGGCCAGAGCCAGAGCCCGAACCAGAGCUGAGUGAGGCGCCUCAGCAAGCGGCAGCUAGCAAGGAGCAAAAAGCUCGGCGCAAGAAGUGUUUGUGUCCCAAAUAUGAAAAAUCCCUACAAUAGGCAUAUUUUCUGUAUUUCCCAGCAUAUCAGUUGAAAUAUACAUUUUAAGAAGUCUCUGACAACGUGUGACAUCCAA